GUCCUAAACCCUACACCAACUAUUCUCUAAACCUCUUCUCCCUUCAACUAACAGUGAGAUGGGAAUCCUAGGUUAGUUAGGGUAUUUAUGAGGGAGCUGGGGGUGCAAUAAAGGGUAUUGUAGAAAAAGCCAGUGGAACAAUGGAAAAUUCUAUAGUGGACCUGGCGCCGUUAAAGGUGCCGUGGAACAAUAAAGGCCAACCACAAGCUAGAAGGGGUAGAUAAGGAGUAAAUGAUUCAGGAGAGUAAAGGCUCAGAGAAUCGGAGAGAGAUUUGGGGAAGAAGGGUAGCCAUUAAGGCCAGCUCUCACAGAGGAGAGGGAGGCUAUCACACAGGAGAGGAGAAGCAGAAAAGUCAUGAGAAUAAGUACUUUGGGAACCAUUGACAAUAACAUGAUCAAUUUGAGGAGGAUGUUGAAGCAACCAUGGCCUCUUUUAGCGUCCUUUUGCAGUCUAUGCUUUCUCAGCUGCUUCUGGUUUCAAGUGUCCGUGGCUCAAAAUGCUACUACCGAUCCAUCUGAAGUGACAGCGUUGAUCUCAAUAUUCCGGCAAUGGGACAUGCUAGCCCUGCCUAUCCGUGGAGGAGAGCCAUGCAUCGGAUUUGCCAUCAAUGGAAGCGAGUUUGAAAAGCCAGAGAAUAAUCCAGCCGUCACUUGUGACUGUACUUAUGACAAAAAUACUACCUGCCACAUUACCAAACUUCGAGUUCAUGCUCUGAAGAAACGAGGGGUGUUUCCAACAGAAUUUGAGGCUUUAAGAUAUCUGGCCGUUUUGAAACUUGAUAAGAAUAAUUUCACCGGUCCCCUACCAGCAUUCAUUGGCAAUAUGUCUGCGUUGACGGUAUUGUCAGUUUCCCACAAUUCAUUCUCUGGGCCCAUCCCCAAGGAGCUUGGAAACCUUAAGGAGCUAACUAUGCUGUCCUUUGGGUCGAAUAAUUUCUCCGGAACACUCCCUCCAGAACUUGGUAACUUAGUCAAUCUCGGGCUAUUUUACAUGGACAGCUGUGGACUCAGUGGAGAAAUUCCUUCAACAUUUGCUAAGCUCAUCAACAUGCAAGUCCUCUGGGCAUCAGACAAUUCUUUCUCAGGAAAGAUACCUUCUUUCAUUGGGAAUUGGAGAAAACUAACUUAUUUGAGAUUUCAAGGGAACUCUUUUGAAGGCCCAAUACCAAGCAGUUUUUCUCAACUGACUUCAUUGGAAUCUCUGCGAAUCAGUGAUAUAUAUUAUGUGAGCUCGUCUCUUGAUUUCAUAAGAAAUUUGAAGAACUUGACUGAUUUAGUUCUACGGAAUACAUUAAUCAACGGUAGCAUCCCCACUGAUUUUGGAGAAUAUCAACGUUUACAGAUACUGGAUCUGGGCUUCAACAAUUUAACAGGCGAACUCCCAAGCUCUUUGUUCAACAUGAGUUCUCUUACAUAUUUAUUUCUUGGAAACAAUAUUCUGUCUGGACCUCUUCCAAGCCAAAAGAGCAAUAAACUUCAGACUAUAGAUUUGUCUUACAACUAUUUCUCAGGAAGCUUUCCCCCAUGGGUAGCCACAAUAUCGCAACUGAAUUUAGUGGUCAACAACUUCACAUUUGACAGUUCAAACAUAACUCUUCCUGGAUUGAAUUGCCUCCAGAGGGAUUUUCCAUGCAAUCGAAAUACCCCACAAUAUACAAGCUUCUCAAUCAAUUGUGGAGGACCACAAAUGAGAGGAAGUGGCGGGAUAUUGUAUGAGGCUGAAGACUCAGCUCUUGGCCCAGCAACAUUUAAGGUAACCAGUACACAGAAAUGGGCUGUUAGCAAUGCGGGUUUGUUUUCUGAUAUAAAAAAUAAAUCAUUCGUGGAAACCACCCUUGCGCAAGUCACCGGUACAGAUGUGACCCCAGAGCUUUUCCAGACUUCAAGAUUGUCCCCAGGUUCACUGAGAUACUAUGGCCUGGGUCUUCAGAAUGGACCUUAUAUUGUAACAUUACAAUUUGCAGAAAUGGUUUUUGAUAGCCGCGAUGAACAAAGUAGGCAAAGUCUAGGAAGGCGUGUAUUUGAUAUCUAUAUUCAAGGGAACCUCCGAAGGAAGGACUUCGACAUAUCGAAGGAGGCAGGUGGGGUUAAAAGAGCAGUUGCGAGACCCUUCAAGGUUAAUGUGACAGAGAAUUAUCUAGAUAUUCAUCUGUUCUGGGCUGGUAAGGGAACAUGUUGCAUACCUGAACAAGGUGAUUACGGCCCUCUAAUAUCGGCUGUCCACGCUGCUUUAGAUCUCACACCAACUACUCUAGGAAAGAAGAGCAGGACUGGGUUGAUAGUUGGUAUUGCAGUCGCUGUCGGAGUAGGAGUAGUGAUCUUGCUAUUAUUAUUUGCAGUUUUAUAUAUGCGGAGAAAAACAUCAGAGAAAGAUGACGAUGAAGAUCUUCUAGGAUUAGGUCCCCGACCAAAUACUUUCAGUUAUGCUGAGUUGAGAGCUGCAACAGAAGAUUUUAAUCCUUCAAAUAAGUUAGGAGAGGGAGGAUAUGGACCUGUUUAUAAGGGGACACUUUCUGAUGGGAGGGUAGUGGCUGUGAAGCAACUUUCAGUAGCAUCUCACCAAGGGAAGAGUCAAUUUGUAACUGAGAUUGCUACGAUAUCUGCAGUCCAACAUCGCAAUCUAGUGAAAUUGUAUGGGUGCUGCAUUGAAGGAAGCCACCGCAUUUUGGUUUAUGAGUAUCUUGAAAACAAGAGCCUUGAUCAGGCACUUUUUGGAAGAAAUGACUUGCACCUUGACUGGCCUACCCGCUUCAAUAUAUUGUUGGGAACAGCAAGAGGACUUGCUUACCUUCAUGAGGAGUCAAAGCCCAGGAUUGUACAUCGAGAUGUCAAAGCCAGUAAUAUUUUGUUAGAUGCAGAACUCUCCCCAAAAAUAUCGGAUUUUGGAUGGGCAAAGCUUUAUGAUGACAAGAAAACACACAUGAGCACCCGGGUUGCAGGCACAAUAGGCUAUUUGGCACCAGAGUACGCAAUGCGCGGACGUCUGACAGAAAAGGCUGAUGUUUUUGGUUUCGGGGUUGUUGCUUUGGAGAUCCUCAGCGGGAGACCAAAUUCUGACGACAACUUGGAUCCUGAGAAGAUUUAUCUUCUUGAAUGGGCAUGGACUCUGCAUGAAAACGACCAGAGUCUGGGGCUGGUGGAUCCGAGAUUGACAGAGUUUGAUGAAAAUGACGCAACUAGAUUGAUAAAAGCAGCUCUCCUCUGCACUCAGGCUUCACCAAUGAUGAGGCCAUCGAUGUCACGUGUGGUGGCAAUACUUUCUGGAGAUAUUGAAGCAAGCACUGUUAUGUCGAAGCCAAGUUAUUUGGCAGAUUGGGAUUUCAAAGAUGUGACCACAAGUAGCUUUUUGGUGGAUGAUGAUACCUCAUCAACUGAGAGCAAUGUUCUCCUCGACCAUCAGCCUGAAGGGAGCACAACUGGUGCUAGCCUCGGGAUUGACCCUGGCAUUGUUGGAGAAGGAACGUGAGAAGUAAAAAGUUUCCAUUGUCUUUCCCAUGCUGUAAAUCUGUGACUCUCUCUCUGCUAAAACUUUUCUAUAUUUUGUACUUGUCUUGAUGAUGUAUAUAGAAAUAAGAUACAAUUCUAUAGAUAUCUGGUUGCCUUAAUCGGCCAUUGAAUAAUAGAAAAAUAUAUUAUUAGGCAUA